GAAAAACAAUUAUAAUUACAACAUUGAAAUUCUAAUACAAUGAGUAACAUUUAUAUCCAAGAGCCUCCGACCGCUGGAAAGGUGCUGCUGAAAACAACCGUCGGCGACAUCGAUAUCGAGCUAUGGUCCCGCGAAUGUCCACUGGCUUGCCGCAACUUUAUCCAACUAUGCAUGGAAGGAUAUUACAAUGGGACGCUGUUCCACCGAGUGGUGCGGGGCUUCAUUGUGCAAGGUGGCGAUCCCAACGGAGAUGGAACGGGUGGCGAAUCAAUCUACGGCCAUCCGUUCAAGGAUGAGUUCCAUUCCAGGUUGCGGUUCAUUCGGCGCGGACUGGUGGCAAUGGCCAAUUCCGGGAAAAACGACAAUGGAUCGCAGUUUUUCUUCACGCUGGGAGCUACGCCCGAGUUGCAGAAUAUGCACACGCUUUUCGGAAAGGUGGGAGGAGAUACGAUUUAUAACAUGUUGAAGUUGGAGGAGGGAGAAGUGUACGAAAAUGAGCGACCACAUUUUCCGUACAAGAUAUUAAAGACGGAAAUCUUACACAACCCAUUUCCGGAUAUCAUUCCGAGGGUGUUGAAGGUGAAAAAGUCUGGGGAGGAUAAAGAGAAGAAAAAGAGGGAGAAGGGUGUAAAGAAUUUCGGAUUGCUAUCUUUCGGGGAUGAGGCGGAAGAAGAGGAACAGCAAACGAGUCAGUAUGUGCAGCGCAACACUACGGGAAAGGGCAAGAGCUCUCAUGAUGUGUUGGACGAUCCGCGGCUGAGCAAGCAGGCGAUUGAGGUGAAGGAUAGCUCUGAGAAGAAGAAAAAGAAGGAGAAUGAGACAUCGAGCAGCUCGGAAUCUGAGGAUGACGAGGAAGCGAAGCGUCGGGAAGCUGGUCGAGAUAGGGAGCUGGUUCAACAACAGGCAAAAAGCGUCAGGGAUAAGCUGAAGAAACACAAAGAAGAACCGAAACCUCCGUCGUCAUCCGAUUCGGAUUCCGAUUUUGGCUUGGAAAGUGAACGGAAAAAAGUUAAACAUGAGCAAGCGGCCAAGAUAAGAGAGGAAAUUACCAAGCUCAAGAAGGACUACCAAUCCGACAAAAAGAAGGAGCAACAGAAAGAGGAGAAGAUUGAAAAGAAAAAGGAAGUGAAAGAGGUCAUGAAGGAGUUCUUCUCCGUUCAGGAGCAGUACUCGGAGAAAAAGAAACAGCUACCGAAGAAAGGUAGUUCGAGGGAGAGCUUCACCCUUCAACUGUUGGAGAAGUUCAAGAGUAAAUUGCACAAUAUUAAAGAUCAGACCGACGAUGAAGAGGCUAGUGGAAGCAGACCAGUAGUCGAUGAAGAGGAAGAUAUCCAAGGGGAUAAUUGGCUUUCACAUCGGCUGCAGUUUGAACAAAACGACCCGAUCCUGGCGAAGGACGCUGUAACCAAGGGCGAUGAUUGGUACGAUGUUUACGAUCCGAGAAAUCCAUUGAACAAAAGGAAACGUGGCGAGAAAAAUGAAAGGAAGGAUAAACUUGCGAAGUAGCACAGGUAAAUGUUUCGUUUUAAAUACAUUAAUUUAUUUCAUUAAUCUAGAUGUGCAAAAACUAUAACGCUAAAAUAGUAUGCAA